AAACAAGGAAAUCACAAGGCAGAAGUUUCAAAGAAUUCGCCUUCAUAUGUUUCCUGCUAGACUUGAUGCCUUUUCGAAACACUGUCACUCAAGUCUCUGGUUUUAGGUUUGUAACGCUCUCUUUGUGUUGCUGGUGAAGUCAUGGAGGAGCUGGAGCUGGAUCCGGAGGAGCACUUCCUCCGGGACGCCAGGAACGGGAACCUAGAAGGGAUACAGAAGCUGUUGAUGUCCAAGAUAAAGGACGAGGCCAAAAUCGACAUCAACUGCAAGGGCAAGAGCAAAUCUAAUCAUGGCUGGACUCCCCUUCAUCUGGCCUGCUAUUUUGGACACAGGGAUGUUGUUGAGGCCUUAUUGAAGGCAGGAGCAGAUGCCAAUUUGCCAAAUAAUGUCGGAGAUACGCCUCUCCAUAAAGCAGCAUUCACUGGGAGAAAGGAGGUUGUCAUGUUGCUUCUUCAACACAACGCUUGCGCUUCUGUCAUCAACGGGAUGGCCCAGAUACCUAAAGACAUUACCCAGAGUGAUGAGAUUAAAAGCAUGUUGGAGGCUGCUGAGAGGACUGAAGAGAGGAAACAAGAGGAGCAGCUGCUGGAAGCGGCGCGAGAAGGAGCCAUAUCUACACUCACAAGACUGAUAAACAUGAAGAAACCCCCGAACAUUAAUUGCACGGACUUGUUGGGAAACACACCGCUGCAUUGCGCCGCUUACAGAGGCCAGAAACAGUGCGCCGUCAAACUCCUGCAGCACAAGGCCAACCCCAACAUCAAGAACAAAAACGAUCAGACUGUUUUUGAUUUGGUUAACGAUGCAGAAAUGAUGGAGAUCAUUACUGGAAAUGUUAUGAAAGGCAUGACGCGACAUGUUAAAAUGUUCGAGGGGCCUCUUUGGAAGAGUUCAAGGUUUUUCGGCUGGCGCUCCUACUGGGUAGUCCUUCAGGAUGGAGUCUUGUCAUGGUACCCUAAACAGUCAGAUGCAGAUUCAAACACACUCCGGCAAGGUUGCAAACCACUGACACAAGCACAGUGCAUAAGUAAAGCGAAAGAAAACAGCUACUUCACGAUCAAGUGCUUUGACAACAGUGUUCACCAUUUCAAAGUGUCACAGAAAAACAACUCUGAAGCCACCAGAAAAAGGUGGCUGGAGGCCAUAGAGGAACAUUCAGCCUUCAGCACUCAUUACUGCUCACAAGACCAAGACAGCGAGGAAGAAGACGACAACGUUGUGUCUGUACAUGAGCUUUCUGACUCACUUCAGCAGGCUGAGGCGUGCCAUCAGAGACUGGAGACGGAGAUGUUGGCCCUCCUGUCCAUGGUCAAAGAAGACGGCCAGGCCGAACGAUUCCCUGCAGCCAUCGUCCAGAAGCUGAAGGAGGUUUGUGAAGCCUCCAGUGAAACCUGCUCCUCACUGCGCCACAGUCUGGGGCUUUUUUCCAAACAGGAAGGAGCGCACAGUUUGAAACUGGAACAGGAAGAAGAGAAAAAUAAAAUCCUGUCGGAGGCUCUGCAGACGCUGGCGACUGAACAUCAUGAGCUGGAGCAGUCGGUGGUCAAAGGAUCGUCGCCUCGCAGCGUCUUCAGCGGAGACGAGUUCUACGACGCUCUGUCCGAUUCGGACUCUGAGCCCUCGCUGAGCGGUUGUGAAACAGCCGGCCAUUUGUACGAAGACGAAGAGGACUUCAGAUCCGAACUCUACUGUAGCAUCUCGAGUAAUCUCAGCGGCAGGAUGUCCCAGGAUGACCGUCGUGCAGAGGAAGAGGACGAUGAUGAGGUGGACGGAGGGAGGAAGCACAGGGCAAGUUUACCAGCACCCAUGCUCUCCAGAAAUGACUUCAGCAUCUGGAGCAUACUGAGGAAGUGCAUUGGGAUGGAUCUGUCUAAGAUCACCAUGCCUGUUAUUUUUAAUGAGCCGCUGAGCUUUCUACAAAGGCUAGCAGAAUAUAUGGAGCACACAUACCUCAUCCAUCAGGCCAAUGCUUCAGACGACUCUAUUGAGAGAAUGAAGAGUGUGGCCGCCUUUGCUGUAUCAGCCGUGGCGUCCCAGUGGGAAAGGACGGGUAAACCCUUCAACCCCCUGCUAGGAGAAACGUACGAGUUAGUCAGGGAUGAUCUCGGUUUCCGGCUGAUUUCGGAACAAGUGAGCCAUCAUCCUCCCGUCAGCGCCUUUCACGCAGAGGGUCUGCAGAAGGACUUUGUGUUUCAUGGCUCAAUCUACCCCAAACUGAAGUUCUGGGGCAAAAGUGUGGAGGCCGAACCUAAAGGCAUCAUCACUCUAGAACUUCCCAAGCAUAAUGAGGCAUACACAUGGAUGAACCCCACGUGUUGUGUUCACAACAUCAUUGUGGGACAGCUGUGGAUCGAACAGUACGGCAACAUGGAGAUUAUCAACCACAGAACUGGUGAAAAAUGCUGUCUGAGUUUCAAACCGUGUGGCCUUUUUGGCAAAGAACUACAUAAGGUUGAAGGCUACAUCCUGGACAAGAGCAAAAAGAAAGUGUUCAACCUUUAUGGGAAAUGGACGGAGUGCAUGUACAUAGUCGACACAGCUACAUUUGAAACUCACAAGAAGAACGAUAAGAAAGCAUCAGAAGACAAGAAGAGCAGUAAACAGUCAUCAGACUCAGAAGAAACACCUCAGCCAGGAGGAGAUUCACUGGAGGUGAUCCCAGGAAGUCAGUUGCUCUGGAGAAUAGCACCUAGACCAGUCAACUCUGCCCAGAUGUACAGCUUCACUACAUUCGCAAUGCAGCUCAAUGAGCUGGACAAAGAGAUUGAAACGGUCAUCCCAAAAACGGACAGCAGACUAAGGCCGGACAUACGAGCCAUGGAGAACGGAGACAUUGACCUGGCCAGUGAGGAGAAGAAGAGACUGGAGGAGAAACAGAGGACGGCACGUAAGAACCGCUCCAAGUCGGAUGAUGAGUGGAAGACGAGAAACGUUGCCGCUGGCCCCAGGUGGUUUCAUCAAGGUCCAAAUCCACACAAUGGCUCUCAGGACUGGCUGUUCUCCAAUGACUACUGGGACCGUGAUUAUUCUCAAGUACCGGACAUCUACUGACCUACAGGAACCUUACAUCAAUAAAUUGUAUAGUCAAGACUAGAAGUAACGUAACUAUAAAACUAUGCACCCUAGGUUGGUUGAUCAGGUGAACAUUGUAAAUAUCAUAAAUAAUAUUCUGUUUAAAAAAAUAACUUUAAAUUUUAAAUUCACUGAUCUGAAUUAAGUUUUACACUGUUUCAUAUUUACAUGCAUAUGCAACAAUCAAGGGUUUUGGGAACUUAAGAUUGUGAUAUAUCAUGAAUGUGAUAAUCACAUGUAGGGCUUGAUAUAGUAAUAUCGGUGUACUGUAUAUCAAUAUAUUGCAAUCCUAGUUAUUUGAAUAAUUUUUUUUUUUUAAAGAUUUUGUUAACGAUGGGAUAUUUUGGGUGCCCCUCAAGGCUCAAGUCUGCAUCCGUUUUGUUUUCUGUUCAUUGGCUUAAAAAUGAACUUGGCAUUUCUUAAAUUGGUACAAUCCCACUGUGUUGAGUGUGGAAUGUGGUACAAAACAACUGUUUGUGAAAUUGACUGUUACACAUUUGGAAUCUAACUUUUUAAAGUUCAGAUUCUCCACAUACAAUGCAGUAUUAGGACAAUGUGUCUUUUUCUGCUGCUCUUUCUGUUGUGUUAUUGUUGUUGUCUUUUUUAGAGAGAUACCUCUGUGGUGUCACUAAUAUAUUGAUUAAUGUUUUUUGUUAUAUUAUAAUAUAACAAUCUUAUGUUAA